GUUCGGUUCGGUGUUCUUCCGAAAAAUCAACAUUCCAAUUUCAUUUGCGACAUUGUUGCGCAAAAAAAAACGAACAAAUUCAACUCGACUAUUUCAACAGAAAUUGGUUUUGUGUUUGUGUGUUUCGUGUGUAUAUUUAAACAUCUUUUUCCGGAAACAAUUGCUUUAGUGAUUAACAAAAAUCCAAAACGAAAAAAAAGUGAAAUAAAAUCCUUAAGUGACCAACGCCGGAAAAAUCAUCAAAAUUUUCGAGAAAGUUUUCCGGUAAAGAAGAGUUUUCAAGAAAUUUUUCAAUUUCCAGAAAAUUUCCCAAUACAAAAGGAAUUAUUCAAAUAUUUACCCAAAAUCCCAAUCAACCGGACGUUUACGUUUUUUAACCACUUGGCCUUUUCAAAACAAAAUUUUUAACCGAUCCAACAAAAUGGAUUCCAGAAUGGCUAAUUUUCUCAAUAAUCAUCAUUUGGUAAAUCAAACAACAAAUAAAAUGCCUUUUAUGAAUCUAUAUCCACCACCUACAACUGAUGAUAACGUCGAUCUAGCUACUGGAAACAACAACAACAACAUGUUGAUUGAUAAUCAGCCACAAUCAACAACAACAACAAUCGAUAGUUAUUUUCUAAAUGAUUUUGAUGCUAUCGAUAGUAUCGAUGAUUGUUUAUUAGAUUUGAAUCAACUUCCAAUUGAUUCUAAUCAUCAUUUUCAAAUAUUUAAUCAACAACAACAACAAGAUCCAAAUUUGAUGAUUGCAAAUGAUGAUUUUGAUUUUGUUACCGCUGUUGAUCAAGAAAAUGAAGAAAUUCAAACCAUAAUGGAUGCAACAUCUACCACCACCACCACAUCAUCAACGGCUAUGAUACCAGAAUCAUCAAAACGAAUAGUAAAAAAUAAUCGUAAAAAAUCGGAGAAAAAACCACGACAACCUCGACAACAACAACAUCAACGGAAUACAAAACCUCGAAUACGAUCAAAAAGUCCAUCAUUGGUUGUUAAAUUAAAACGAAAUCGUCGCUUAAAAGCUAAUGAUCGUGAACGUAAUCGUAUGCAUAUGUUAAAUAAAGCAUUAGAACGUUUACGUUCAGUAUUACCAUCAUCAUUUACUGAAAAUAUUGAUAAUAAUAAUGAUAAUAAUAAUAAUGAUAAUUUUAGUGAUGAUGGUAAUAAUAGUCAACAUUCAAGUAAUCAGAAUAAUAAAAUGACUAAAAUUGAAACAUUACGUUUUGCACAUGAUUAUAUUUGGGCAUUAUCAGAAACAUUACGAUCAUUGGAUAGCCAACAACAACAACAAAAUCAUGAUCAAUUAAUAAGUCCAACAACAUUAUCAUCACCGAUUCAUUUAACCGAUAGUCCACCAUCAUCAUCUUCGUCAUCUUCGUUAUCAUCUUCAUCAUCAUCUUCAGAUAUUCUAUAUCAAUCAUCAUCAUCAUCAAUAAAUCAAUAUGAUCAUUAUUCACCAACAACAUUAUCAUCAACAGCAUCAUUUUUUGAUGAAAAUAUUACCAAUCAUCAUCAUCAUAAUCAUCAUAUUAAUCCAACGACAAAAAUAUCGGUCAUAACGAUGGCAUCGAAAAUUCAUUCAUGACCUUCACAGUUGACAACACCGAAUCAAAUCACCCUAUAUAUAAAUAAAAAUACAUCCAUUCAUUUUAUUCAUUUUUAAGAAUGAAACAUUAC